CGGCAGGGGCGGGGACAGCCGAGAACGGGCGCCGAGAGAUGAAAAGAUUGUGGUGUUUUAGCGUACAGGGUGAGGACAAAGACCUGCGAACGAGAGCGCACCACCGGAAAGGACGAGAGAGGAGAGCGGAAGUACGGGCUUCUUACCCAGCAGCCACUGCGAACAAGGCGUGUUCGGAGACAUCCAAGAUGGCUGACGAAUAUGAAGAACCCAUAUCCGACCAGGAAAAGGUGCGGAUAGCAUCAGAUUUCAUCCUCCAUGCUCCGCCAGGAGAGUUUAACGAAGUCUUCAAUGAUGUGCGUCUGCUGUUGAACGAUGACAACCUCUUGAAGGAAGGAGCUUCACAGGCUUUUGCCAAGUACAACAUAGACCAGUUCACACCAUGCAAGGUGGAAGGAGACAACCAGGCGCUCGUCACGGAACAUGGCAACAUGGGCCAGGGGCGCUUCGUGGACCCCUCCACCAAGCGGUCGUUCAAGUACGACCACCUGCGGAAGGAGGCCAGCGACUUCCAGCCUGUACAGGUAGACCGUGAUCUGGAACCUUGGAGGGCAGCCCUGGAGAGGGAGAUGAGGAUCUAUGUGGAGAACCACUACAGGCAUGGAGUCACCACAGUGUACGGCAAAACUACGAACCAAGGGAGGACCCUGAUUGCGUGUAUAGAGGACCACCAGUUUACACCCAAGAACUUCUGGAAUGGGCGCUGGCGCUCUGAAUGGACAUGUGUCCUGUCAGGAGCCACAGCGCAGAUUGUUGGAGUCUUGAAAGUCCAGGUGCAUUACUACGAGGACGGCAAUGUACAACUGGUCAGCUCCAAGGAAGUCAAGGAGUCUAUCCCUAUCAAAAACGAGGUCCAGACUGCAAAGGAGUUUGCAAAAUUAGUUGAGGAUGCAGAAAAUGACUAUCAGACUGCAAUCUCAGAAAACUACCAGACAAUGUCAGACACGACGUUCAAGGCCCUGCGCCGACAGCUACCUGUGACGCGCACCAAGAUCGACUGGAACAAGAUCCUUAGCUACAAGAUAGGGGGAGAGCUGAAAAUUGGGAAUGAAUGAUAGAAUGAACACCCCCUAAAACCCCUACCUAGCAUUUAGCCAACAAAAAGCACUACAACCUUUUUUUAAUGAAGAAAAAAGACCAGCAGUACAAUUGGAGAUUUUCCCCAAAAAAUUUUUGGAAAAGGAUGACCUUAGAGACUAGGGCAUAACGUAUGGAAUGAAAUUUGUAGUCAUUUGGAUAUGACUGUUUCUACUGUAAUUUCAUAUGUACUGUAUAUGGGAAUACAACCCAGUCCACCCCACCCCCACUCUUUCCUCUAUAAUGCAUGUAGCUAACACAAGUUAUGAUGUUUGAGGCCCAUUGUGCAGUUGUUGUUGAACAUUGCCAAAGGACUUAGAUCUUGAUCAAAUGUGGGUGGGCUAAAGAUAACGAAAAUGUUCUUGUAGGUAAACAAACUAUGAAUCAUUGUAGUGUAUGAACCUCUGUGUACAGGACACCAGACUAAUAAUAUCACAUAUUUUGAUUGUUCACAGCUUUGGUUUGAUAGUUGAGAGUUAUAUUUGUAUCCUGUUUGAUUUUUGGCCACGCCUCAGGGGCGGAGGCAUUUCUCUUCACAAAGGCAACACAUGUAUGAGAAGCUUUUAUCUGUAGCUUUGAGGUCAGGGUCUCUUAAACAAGUUACUGUCUACAGGCUUGCAGUUCAACUUCAAGUAGUUAGCUGUGGAUUCCAGCAAAAGAAACUUUCCCUCAAAAGUCCAAAAUGCAGGACAAGGCUCUGUAUACAUGUGUUGCUUUUCUUUGUAUGUAGCAACCUCUUUUUCUCCUAAUUUGUCUAAAGGAGAAAGAUAUUGCAAGAAAUCCCUGAAUUGCAAAGACCUUGCAAAUGCUUGCAGCAGUUGAUUGAUUUCUGAAACACCUGAAGCCAUCUAUCUACAGAAACUAUGUACGGAUGACUAAUGUUCAGAGAUGAUUUUUUUUUUGUUCAAAGACACUUUGAUUAACACAACAAACUACAGAUAUGUUCUAUUGUAGUAAGGUGAGGCAUGACCAGCUGAUUUGACUGAAUGCUUGUCCCAGGCCACUCGGCUUGUUUAAUGUGUGUUUUAGUGCAAACUACAAGCUGUGGCACUAAUCCCAGUUUUAUAACGGUAAAUGAUAGAAAUAAAUGCUGGUUGUAGCUAAAAAAAAUGUU